CAUCAUCUUAAUUCUUCGUUCAAGCUUUUCUUCUUAUCCAUCAAUGGCGGCCGCCAAAGAAGAACAGAAGCGCAGCCUGCACAUAGUAAUGUUUCCAUGGCUAGCUUUCGGACACAUAAUCCCAUACCUCGAACUCUCCAAACUCAUUGCUCUAAAGGGCCACAAAAUCUCUUUCAUCUCAACCCCAAGAAACAUCGACCGCCUCCCUAAAAUCCCUCCAAUUUUCGCUUCCUCCAUUGACUUAGUCAAACUCCCACUCCCCAAACUCGACGAGCUCCCAGAAAACGCAGAGGCAACAAUGGACAUCAAUGGCGGACAAAUGGACUUUCUCAAGAAAGCCUUCGACGGGCUCGAAUCCGGGAUGACCCGUUUCCUGGAGGAUUCGGAUCCUGACUGGAUCAUCUACGAUUUCGCUCCACACUGGCUGCCACCAAUCGCGGCCCGACUCGGUGUUUCCCGGGCUUUUUUUCUUAUAAUCAACGCUUGGUUCCUAGCCUUCUUCGGGCCGGCCGACGCGAUGAUUAGCGGGUCGGAUUACCGAACCAAACCCGAAGAUUUCAUGGUUCCCCCCAAAUGGGUCAAGUUCGACACUAAAGUGGCUUACCGGCGCUACGAAGCUAAUUGGAUGGUCGGGACGGGUCAGAAGAACGAUUCGGGUGUCUCGGAUAUCUACCGUAGCGGUAAAGUUAUCGACGGGUCGGAAGCGAUUCUUGUGAGACACUGCUGUGAAUUUGAACCGCAGUGGUUAGCCCUACUCGAGGAGCUUUACCAUAGCCCUAUUGUUCCGCUCGGGUUAAUGCCACCUCAAGUAUUGCCAGAUAGCAAAGAUGAAUCGGGUGAAGAAAUA